UCUUAGUUGUUUGUAACCCAAGAAUACCGGAAGUACAUACAGCCUGUGUUUCUAUGGUAAUGCGUCUCAGUUUUGCAAGGAAUUAGUUACAAACACGACAGGAAUUUUGAAGCAAACAUGGGUGAUACAGAGGUUGCGCACAUUCGUCCACCAGAGACAAUUACCAUUACAGUCCUGAGGGCUCGUAAUCUUAGGGGGUCAAAUGCUAAAGCAGAUGUUGUCAAUGCAACAAUUAAAGUUGAAUUUGGGGAGAAGAGUCUUGGAGAGUCCCCCAAAGUUGACUGUAUGGCCGACACCCCAGCAGAGUUCAACUACAAUGCCACAAUGUCCUGCACAUACGAUGAUCCUACUGCUUUGGAUGAGAUUGCUCACAAACCUAUUGUCUUGACUGUGAUAGAGGUGUUGCCGAAGGAGAAGAAACAGAAAGAGGAGAAAACCAUUACGCUUGGCCAGUGUACAGUGGACCUGCUGCCAUUGGUGAAAGGUGAGACAAAGUACCGCUACAGUCUGGCCAUCAGUCCGGUGCCUGGAUCUCCUAUGGAAAGCAUUCCAGCUGAUGCACCUAGGCCGGAAGUGGAUGUGCUGUUGUCAGUUAACGAACCGCUGGUGGGCUCUGGGCAGACCCACCACGGUAACCUAGUUACUAUCACCAUGGAGAGUCUGUACUCGCCACCAGAGGCCUGGGGUCUGUCAGGAGUCCAGUAUGCAUAUGCUGCGGCUCUACCCCUCCCUAUCAAUGCAGAGAAAGAGAAUCCCAUUGUGUUUGCCAAUGGAACUUUGAAGCCUGGUGUGGACAAAGAGCCUCCCAACAAACAGAAGAAGUGGGCGGUGCCAGCUACAGCCCUGGGAAAUGCUGUCUACAUUCCCGACAGUUACCUGUCUACGGAUGCCAUAGAUGACGAGGAUGGGGAUUACAGAGGCAAGGAGGACAGAGAGCACAGAACCAGCGCGGAGCACGAGAAGAACAGAGUCACCUGGAACACUGAGAGACGCUCGUACCUUGAGGCCAGCGCCGUGAAAAGUUUGCAAGACAAGAUUGCCAAGUGUCGGUACUGGCCUGUGGAGGUGAUGAGACUGCCUCAGCCUGCAGGGGGCAAGGGGAAGAAGACAAAAGGAGACAAAGGUGAUGAUCAUGCCGAUACCAAGAAAGGCGGGACAAGUACACAGCAUGGUGGGAAGGAUGACGAUGGAUCCGUGAGUUUCCAUGGUGUUGCGUUCAUCAAUCUGGCGCCAUUGCUGUACCCUGGAGUGAAGCGUAUUCGAGGCGCCUACAAGAUCUACUCUUACACAGACCAGGCUCUGUAUGAAAAGACAAAGCGCCGAGCGGGAUUCGGGGAAGAGGCGGCCAAGAUUGCAAACAACAUCUUGAACCGUAGCACUGCCUCACCAGGCCCGAAAAAGGGGGCAGGGAAAGACAAAGAUGACAAAAAAGAUAAGGACAAUAAAAAGGGGCUAUUACAGCACCAAGUGUCCAGAGUACAUGCUGGACAAAACAGCAUGGCCACGUCACAAACCGUGAAAUCAGACGCGGGGUCCGAGCCAGACUCUUCUGCCCCGAUGAACCUUGAGGGUCAACAGUAUGUCGAGGCUAAGUCAUACAUGAUGUUCGAGAUCUCGCUGUCCCACCCGCUGAUCCCAAAGCGGCCCCCAGAGGAACUCGCCCGGCGGGUCGCAGAGUACAUCCCCCCCAGGCCCUUGUUCCCGAAACGAACAGACGGGGCUCAGAGGGCAGUGGAGGAUUUCCACACCCAGGUGGCUAGUGUGGCGGGCCUUGUUCUGGACGAAUUCAGGGACAUGUUUGGUGCUGAACUGAAGACAGAUGAGAGCGACCUCUCUCAGGAGGCCAUGGAGACCAGGAGACAGAAGUUGAUCUAUGAGCUGAAUGCGUCUGGCAAGUAUUUUGCCUUCAAGGAACAGCUGAAACAUUCUGUUGUCAAAAUAGUCCGAGAGAAGUACCUGAAAACGACAAACUUUGAGGACAGACAAGAAUUACAGACGUUCCUGAGUGAGCUGUACGUGUACCUGAUAGACCAGAUGCACGAGUCCCUCACCAAGACCCUCGCCCUGGAGGACCAGGCCCUGGUCCCCGCACCCCUCACUGACUCCGCCCAACUCAAGCACUUUGCGCGCGAGGCCGAGGUCAACGGGAACUUUGAGCUGGCCACCAAGUACUACCAGGAGAGGAUUGCCCGAAACAGAAAUGACCCCAGCCACUGGUUUGACUACGGGACAUUCUGCUUGUAUAUCAAUGACAUUACUAAGGCAGAGGAAUGUUUCAGGGAGUGUGUGUCCAUAGACCAAAAACAUUUACAAGGCUUGUUGCUGUAUGGCGUGGUGUGUACACUGCUGGAGAAACAUGAGAUGGCAGAGAUGUUCUUUGAGGCGGCCACCAAUGUACAGCCCAGGAGUAUCCUGGCUUGGACCAUGCUAGGCCUGUACUACGACACAGUUCAGAAUGAGAUCGGUGCAGAGAUGGCGUAUAUUGAGGCCAACAAGCUAAACCAGCAGGCAGCUGUGGCCACGGCGCGAGCCCUGCGAGAGGAGGAGCUGGCAAAACAGCGCGCCGAGCGGUCCGAGAGCGACACACACACAGCUGACCAAGGUGGUCUUGCACCGCCCGCUAGCAAUAGUCUAGUACCCGAUAUAAAACAGCCCACCCCACCCCCCAGUGAGCGCGGUCCGGGCUCAGCCCGCUCUAGCGACAAGAUGUCGGCCGCCCGACGACCUUCAGCCUCCAAACGCUCAUCAGCAGGGAUGGUUGAGUAUCACAUAGUGGAGGUGGAGGGGAGAAAUGAGGGGGCGGUGGUCUCUCAGCUGUCUGAGAGGCCCCUCACAGGUCGCAAUAAAUCUGACAACAGUGUGUCACGACCAGGCAGUGAGUACAAACACGGGAGCGUGGGGGAGACACCUCAUCCACCGGAGGAGUCUGGCGGGGACCAGCCUGUGCGGGAGCCCACUCCAGUCCCCACGUCAACCAUAUUCAUGCAGGCUAUCGACUGGCUGCUCGAGGUCAAGGCUGUACCGUUCACAGAGCGAGCACUGGCCCAUGAGCUGUUAUCCCCAUUGGGCGGAGCUACAGCACUGUACCACAUCUCAUUGGCCCGAGUGAAACUGCAGAAACGAGAACUGCACCAGGCAGAGGACAGUCUUAAUGAAGCCCUGCAGUUUGACUAUCAGAAUCCCGAUGCCUGGGCCUUGAUGGGUCAUAUGAAAUACCUGACCAAUGAAACAGCUGAGGCUCGUGACCGCUAUGAGCGGACGAUCUCGUUUGUGGCUGAUGCCUCAGAGAUGCAUUCCAUUUACCUGAGAUUGGCUUCCAUCUAUCUGCAGGAAGAAAGGUUUCAAGAAGCCAAGACAACGUUCCUGAUGGCCUGUAAGAAAUCCCCAUCAUGUGUGUCCUGGCUGGGUGUUGGCAUCGCUUGUUACCGGCUGGGAGAGUUGGCGGAGGCCGAAGAUGCGCUAUCAGAAGCCAACAUCCUGAACAACUCAGACCCAGAGGUGUGGGGCUACCUGUCUCUUGUGUGCCUGAAGACUGGAAGACAGCUUGAGGCAGAACAGGCUUACAAAUACGCUAUCAAAGUAAAUCUAGAAGACACAGAAUUAAUGGAUGAGAUUAUCACAACACAGAAAGAAGUUGGCUUCGGCAAUCCCCAGUUCUAGUAGUUUAAACAUCUAGACAUUGACUAGCAAUUGUUAUUUGUGAACAUUUUAAUAGAAUGAGUAAUAUCAGCUCCAUGUGUUUGAAACAUUGAAGAUUGCUUGUAUGUAAAUCAUUGAUAGCCCCCAAAAAUAGGACAUUGAUCUGUGAUGUGAUAUUUAUAUACAAUUUUAUGUACAAGUUUUGGUCAGGGAUCUGUUUUGGUUGAUCCGUUUUACAGUGAUACAUGUUAAAUAUUAAUAUAAUAAUUUAUUAUCUUUUAUGAAGAACACCAUUCAAGAAACUUUA